AUGUAUUCAUGCCUAGAAGCCUUUCGACGAUUACCAAAGAGGUUAUCAUCACUGAGAGGUAAAAGCGAUGACAUCUCAAAACCCGAACCUGUAUCUCCUCCCUUAGCGCCGCCAGAUUUUGACGUUGAGCAGGACGUGGGAACAUCCACCGAAACAAUCGUCUGCCUUUUGAGUGAGGCCGACGAAUGCCUUGUUAACCAUCAAUACGAAGAAGCCAUAGAAAUCCUUCAACGAGCCACGCAACUUGGCUGCGCCUCUGCUGCUGCUAAAUUAGGGGUCAUCUAUCAUGGUGGCAUUGACGCAUCCAUUUCUCCCGAUUAUGAAUCGGCUUCGGUAUAUUAUUUUCUAGCCCUGAAGCUCAUCUACAUGAUUCCCUGUGAUAAAUGGGAUAUGAGUCUUUUGCUCGACGUGAUCGCUGCUCUCUCGGAGAUGUAUCGCUUCCGAAUGAAUCGUCAAAGAGAUUCCGACAUUUGGAAUCAAGGAAUAAAGUCAAUGAAGACCAUCAGUCAAACACUACAAGACCCUGUAUGUACAAAAUUCUUGACGCACCGAGACAUACAAAAGUGUCGGGCCAUACGUAUCCAUAUUGAUUAUUGUCUUGGCUUAACUGCCGAGGCUGAUGGUGAUUUCUCGGGUGCUUUAAGUGCGUUCCAAAGCUGUACGAGGGUAGGCGAAUGCGGUUUCAAUACUGCCGACAAGUUGAUAAAAAAGGCUCAAAGUAAGAUCCGCAAAUUAGAACCACAGGUGCCUCGGGUGAAGCCCGUAUGCGUUCAAUGUGGCUUUCAACCCAAAGAAAUAAAAGAUAUUUGGAAUUUGUUGGUCUGCUCCAAAUGUCAAGCUGUUGCAUGCUGCAGCAAAGAUUGUCUGUUAAGUCAUUCUGUCACACAUGCUGAAGAUAAAAAAUCAAAAUAG